AUGAAUCAUACAGAUUUUGUAUACCUAGUUUUGUGGUCAUCAUCAUCAUCAUCAUCAUCAUCAUCAUCAUCCAAAUCAUCAUCAUCAUCAUCAUCAUCAUCAUCAUCAUCAUCAUCAUCAUCAUCAUCAUCAUCAUCAUCAUCAUCAUCAUCAUCAACAUCAUCAUCCACAUCAUCAUCAUCAUCAUCAUCAUCAUCAUCAUCAUCAUCAUCAUCAUCAUCAUCAUCAUCAUCAUCAUCAUCAUCAUCAUCAUCAUCAUCAUCAUCAUCAUCAUCAUCAUCAUCAUCAUCAUCAUCAUCCAAAUCAUCAUCCAAAUCAUCCAAAUCAUCAUCAUCAUCAUCAUCAUCAUCAUCAUCAUCCAAAUCAUCAUCAUCAUCAUCAUCAUCAUCAUCAUCAUCAUCAUCAUCAUCCAAAUCAUCAUCAUCAUCAUCAUCAUCAUCAUCAUCAUCAUCAUCAUCAUCAUCAUCAUCAUCAUCAUCAUCAUCAUCAUCAUCAUCAUCAUCAUCAUCAUCAUCAUCAUCAUCAUCAUCAUCAUCAUCAUCAUCAUCAUCAUCAUCAUCCAAAUCAUCAUCAUCAUCAUCCAAAUCAUCAUCAUCAUCAUCCAAAUCAUCAUCAUCAUCAUCAUCAUCCAAAUCAUCAUCAUCAUCCAAAUCAUCAUCCAAAUCAUCAUCCAAAUCAUCAUCAUCAUCAUCAUCAUCCAAAUCAUCAUCAUCAGUUGCUGUCUCCAUGAAACUGUAUUCAUUACUAUGUUUAUUAUUGAAUAUAAUAGAAACAAGUGUAAAUGCGUGA